AAUUGGAAAAUUAAUACUAUAGUUACGUUAUCAUCGCGAUCCUUACAAAUGAUUCAUCGAUAUAGUUUUUCAUCCUUAGCUUUUGUCCUUCCAUGAACAAACGAACUAGUUUAUGAUUUUCGUCAAAAAAGAGCACUCAUGAAGAAAAGGUAUAUCUAUUGGAUAAUGUUUUUCACAUUGCAAGAUCUGAGAUGUUACUAUGCUCAACCAGAUGACGGGUAUUAUUACAGCGUAGAAUAUGAGCCACUUAAUGAUACACCAGAAGAUGAAGGACGGUAUUCUGGUGGCCGUGCUGGUGAGGUCAACAAGGAUGCAGGUGGAGAACACGAAUGUCAUCAUGCGAUGGACCUUGCUUUGUUGUUCGACUCUUCAUAUUCCAUAACGACAGACGCAUGGGUAAAGAUGAAAGAAGCUGCUAAGAGGUUGACCGAUGGGUUAGAUAUUUCUUCAGAUGGUGCACACGUCUCUAUCCUGGUAUACAGUACUAAUGUCGAUGAUUAUUACAUGUUCGAUGAGAAUGCUGACAAAGGAAAGAUUUCGAAGUUGAUUGAAGGACUGAAAUACUACGGUGAAUGGCCAAGACUUGACCGCGCACUUAGUGCUAUUCCUCAUCGUGUGUUUUCACCUUUUAAUGGAGCAAGAAGUGAUGUUCCAAAGGUGGUGGUUGUAUUCACAGAUGGAAAACUAGAAGGCCCUUCAACCAAGCUAGGGCAAUCUGAUUUGCUAAACUCCCUUGCUCGUUCUAUCGAAAAUCUACGCCGCAAAGAUGUAAUGCUAUAUGGUGUCGCUACCAGCGGGGUCACUAAUAAUCAAGUUUUUGAUAUGAUUGCUGGAGAUCAAUCAAGAAUAAUGGACAUAAAUAACAUGGAACAGCUCAUCAAUAAAUUGCGAAAUAUCAGCAUAGAGAUUUGUAGAGGUAUGUACUAA